AUGACAGACUUCGAGAAGACUGAGAGACCCGCUCAAGCGAGCGAUGAGCCCGCCGUUGAGCGAGGUGAUACGCAAUUGCUAGCAACCCUGGGUUACAAGCAGGAGUUGCGACGGCAUUACUCGACCGUCCAGGUCUUUGCCAUUGCAUUCAGUAUCAUGGGCCUGUUGCCGUCGAUUGCGUCCACACUAUCGUUUUCUAUACCUGCUGGUCCGGUGGGGAUGGUUUGGUAG